GUAAUUACUCUUCCGCCGCCAAAUCCUAAACCCCCGAAGCAAAGUUUCGCCGACAGAAAUUUGAACGCAAAUUUUCUCCUCCUUCUUCGUCUACUUCUUCGUCUUCAUCAAUCUGAUUUAGGGUUUCCUUAUUCCCUCCCAAAGUUUCUUCCUUUUUCUUUCUAAUCCCUUCAAUUACAAUGCUCUGCAGAGAGUGCGACAACGACGCCUUUGACGAAGAAGACGACGGAUAUUUCUACUGCAAACGAUGCGGUGUUCAGGCUGAAGAUCUUAUCCAAACCGGCGUCGACGACGGCGAUUUAAUCGGUGAUGGUGGAGGUACUCAUGGCGCAAUUUAUGACCCCAGAUAUCGCCGUACUAUAACACAACCAAUCACUCCUUCACAGCCUCGUUACACAGAUGACACAAUACGUUACACUCAUUUUAAAUCUCAGCUUGAAUCUGAAAUCGAGAAGAAGAAGGAUUUGCCCCGUGAAGUGAAGAGAGAGCCUGAGAUUUAUCUCGAGAAAGAGCCAACGGAGCCUGUGGAUUUUGGAGCAGAGACUUUAAGUUAUGAGGAUUAUUACGAUGAAGCAAGAGAUAGAUAUGUUAAAGCUUUUCUUAUGAUGAUUACUUAUCAGUGUGAUGCUUUGGUUGACAAGUUUAAUGUCACUCCUUUGAUUAUUGGUUUGGUUGGACCUAUCUCUUUACGUUACGUGGCUCUCUCUGGCGUUUACGAUGAUGAUUGGGCGGAUAAAGCCAUUCGUGAUUCCGAACUUCAAUCAGAAGAUGGUGAAGUAAAAGAUGCUAAGCGGCCUAAAACACAGAAAGCCGAGCCUCGUAACUUAGAUGGUAAAAGAGCAGUGACGAUAUGGGUUAGUCUGCUUAAAAAGACUCUGCCUUUAUCGAGUUCUUUGGCGAUAUCUUUUCUUGCUUGUCACCAUGCGGGAGCACCUGUUUUACCUACGGAUAUUGUGAGAUGGGCACGAGAAGGAAAGCUUCCGUAUUUGUCUUGUUUUAUCGAUAUUCGAGAGCAAAUGGGAGAGCGAUCAGCUGCGUGUCCGGUGAAAGCAAGCAUAAUGUCUAGGCCUUUUCAGAUUAUUUCUGCUCAGAUGUUAGAAGCACGAGCCGCUUGCAUUGCUGAUAUUAUUGGUUUGCCUUUGUCUCCUGUAAAUUUCUAUGGUAUAGCUUCAAACUAUAUAAAGCGGUUAUCUAUUCCUGAGGAUAAGAUUCUUGAACUGGUGCGUCUUAUACAGAACUGGUCACUGCCUCCAGAAUUGUAUCUAUCGAAGAAUGAGCUGAAGCUUCCUACCCGGGUGUGUGUCAUGUCUAUUCUAAUUGUAGCUAUACGGAUGCUUUAUAACAUAAAUGGUUUAGGUCUGUGGGAACGGAGUUUGGAGUUUGUUAAUGCUAGUGAGGCAGAUAUCGAUUUCGAAGAGUUUGAUUCUCCAGUUCAUGAUGAGGAGGUUUCAAAUACAAAUUCAGGUACUGCAGAGUUGUCAGAUGUCACGAAAGCAACCAAAUUCGAUACCGAGGAGCUUCUGAAGAACCUUGAAGCUAAAUAUUAUGAGGUCGCUGCAGAAACCCUUGAAUCCGAGAAGGAUCUGCUGUCAUAUCUAUCGCUCGGGAAAAACGAGUUCUUUGCUGGUUUGGAAGAAGAUUUACCUGACGAUACAUACAGAACUGUUGACAACCUGUGGAAUGGUUAUCCAAAAGAUGAGGAUUUCGAACGGUGUAGGACUCCACCCAAGAGGGGGAGAGACUGGGAUGAUGAUGUAUCACUUAACCAACUUUCAUUAGAAGAUAGCAAAUUUAGCGAUGGAAACAAUCCUUGUAGUAGCCCUUCAAGGAGAAACGAAAGUGUAUCAAUGGAUCGUGAUUUAUCUUCUUCAGAACACGGAGAAUCAUCAUCACCAGAGAAUCAUCAUCAUCAAGAAGAGAAAUUAAAGGAGAGAGCGAUAAAAAGACUAAUAACAGACAUGGGAGAUAACUUGUUCUGUUACAUACCACCUCGUGUGAAGGUAAAGAGACUAGAUUAUCUACAAUAUGUGAGGAAAAAAGAAGAUGGAGCAUUGAUAUACACGGCUCACGCAGAUUACUACAUUCUUUUGCGGGUUUGUGCUAAGGUAGCUGAGAUUGAUGUGAGGAAUAUGCAUAGAGGUGUGUUGAGCUUUGAGAGGAGAUUGGCUUGGAUUGAGAAAAGGAUAGAUCAGGUUUUGCAUCUACCUCCACCUUUUAUGACAUGUGACCACUGUUGUGAUGGUGGGAAUGCUGGAGAAGAUCAAGAUGAUUCAUAGUUUCAUACACUAACACACUUUGUUUAUAAAUUUUUGUUGUAAUAUGUUCAUAGUAUUUUCUGUAAUCUUGUAAAUCGAAUUAAACCAAAUUAUUUAUAAUUAAUCGUUUCUUGUGCUC